AUGAAUGAAGUAUUGGCUUCUAUGUAUGAAGAGAAAAUAGAUAUGAGUGACAUCCAGUACGCGGCACUGACUCAGAUAGCAACUGCCCCACUCACUGCGGCUUAUUGCUAUCAGAUCGCUAGAAAAAAUCAGCCACUCGCUAACAUCAUUUUUGAGAAAUCAACCUGCACCAUCCAUGUGGUAGAUGCAGAGUUGCAAUUCGAGGCGGAUGCCCUCAACAAGUGGGAGGUCUUCUUUUUGCACUUGUCACCCGUAAAUGAGCUACGCGUAGUGAUGAUCUCUUCAAAUCUCAAUCCUGGUAACCUGCCAUUAGAACUACUUAGCAGAAUCAAACUUUGUGAAAAUUGCCGUUUGCAUAAUAGAAAACUGAUCUUCAAAUUUCACGAUAAGCAAACGUACUGCGACUACUGGGCUGAUGGAGAAUACAUCACGCCGAAUAUAGUAUGCGCCUUCAAUGUGAACAUAAGUCGCUCCUCAAUAUACAACACCAAAGAUCCGUGGCCGAAAACUUUGAACUGUAUAUUCAAGCAAAAAGUUCCUUUCCUUGUAACAGCUCAUACACUUAAUGAACUACAAAAAGAUAUGUCUCGAGUCACAGAAUGUGCGGAACAAAAGUUUAAAUUCAUAGUGGAGCCGAAAAUUAAUAAUUUCGCAAGUGUGAGACCGGAUAGGAACUUUAUUACCGAUGACGAAAUGCCACUUUUAUUUAAAAACUACUGUUACACGCUUUUGGUUGGUGUUUAAUAUGUUUUGUUUUUGUAUGUUUCGAUUUAAGGAAACUAUUGUUUAUAAUAAUAAAGUGUUUCAAUGUUUGUUAUUA